UGGUCGUUGCGGGGCGUACCGUUAUGCGAAUGGGUAUGAAUAGGUUCCUGGUGAUUCCCACUACACGGCUGGCCCCCGUGGGAGUGAGUGUGAGACUGAGAAUGGGUAGGAACGGAAAUCCGGGCCUUGGAGUCCUCUCUGGCGAUGAAACUGCGGCGCAAAGCGGCACUCCUGGAGAGCUGGAAAGAGCGCACCGGAGUAAAUCUGACAAGCGGUUUGGUGGAGGCUAAGGCGGUUCUAAACAUGGUACAACUAAUACUUUUCUGGAGUAGGUGAGUUGAUAGUGAGGGAUGAGAUCCAUCGUUAUCAGGUGAAAAACCUGAGAGCAAUGUCCGGCAUGGAAACGUUCUGGAACCUUCGGCAGGCUCCCAACCAAAACUGUACGAAGGUGGGUGGAUGA